CAGCCCCUCUCAGCCACCACCCCUGUGGAUCUGUCCGUGUUUUUUUUUUUUCACUCCCCUCUUCAUCAUUCAGCCUUUAUCACGAGUGGAUUCUUGUGAACGAUUUAUUUGGCUCCUGGUGGAAUUAUAAAUAAAAAAUCUAAGCAGACUUGUGUUUUUAUUGCCAACACCAGGGCUCUACACACUGGAGGCGCACUGCUGUUUUUAAGAGAUGGAGAAUGAAGAUGGGGAUUACCAUCAUUUAUCCAGGAAAAUCACUGGCCUGUGUGCCACACCAGCCAAAGUGUACAGUGAUCGGCAGAAAUAGCAGACUGCAUUUUCGGGAUUUUUUCGAUCAAAAACGCCUUCCCUCCCCAAUCAAGUCGCAUUUAUUUAUAUUUUAAAUAGAUCUACAUAAUAAAGCGACCACGCAUUUGGAGGCUACCAAAGAGUAGCCUUGCAGGCUACAGACAUUUAUCAUUCCUUUUCUUAUAUUUUAAAUUUUUGUAUUCAUUUUUUUUUUAAAUGUACAGGCUCCCUUGUGAAAGGUGGACGACUACGAGCCUGUUAUUUUAUUACAGUUUUUGUGUUUUUUGAAAGGAAAAUAAUGAACGUGGGAGCAGAAACAUCGAUGGGUAGCCUGACCUUGUUUUGGGGUUUGCUGCUGUUUGUUUCUUCUAUCUGCGGGCGAUCCACUCAUGGAGAGAUCUGUAGCCCGAGUAUUGACAUCCGGAAUGACAUAAGUGAAUUCAAGCGUCUUGAAAACUGCACGGUGUUGGAAGGUUACCUACAAAUUGUUCUAAUCAAUGAAAAGACGAGCAACAUCAACCAGGAGGACUUCCGCACCCUCAGCUUUCCGAAGCUGACCGUCAUCACCGACUAUCUGCUGCUGUUUCGCAUCCCUGGCCUGGAUAGCCUCAACACGCUCUUCCCCAAUUUGAGUGUCAUUCGGGGGCUUAACCUCUUCUUCGGCAAUGCUUUGGUGAUCUACGAGAUGACCAGCUUGAAGGACCUUGGCCUGUACAACCUGAUGAACAUCACCCGUGGAACUGUGCAGAUUGAAAAGAACCCAGAGCUCUGUUACCUGGACUCAGUGGACUGGUCUCUGAUCAUGGACAGCAACGUUAAUAAUGUUAUAACACGGAACAAGAAGUCAAAGGAGUGUGAUGAUGUUUGCCCAGGCAUCAUGGAGGAUAACCCUAUCUGUCAGAGGACAUUGUUCAAAGACAACAAUGACUACCGCUGCUGGACAUCGAAUCAUUGUCAGAAAGUGUGUCCUCGGCAGUGCAAGUUGGCCUGUACGGACAAGGGGGAGUGUUGCCACAGCCAGUGCUUGGGGGGCUGCUCCAAACCCAACGACGACAUGGCCUGCUCGGCGUGCAUCCAUUACAACCAUGAGGGUCGCUGCGUGCCGGACUGCCCCAAUGGCACCUUCAUGUUUGAGGGCUGGCGGUGCAUCACCAUUAGGGAGUGCUCUGAGGUGCACCUGCCCAAUGACAAUCUCUUUGUCAUCCAUAACAGAGAAUGUAUGAAUGACUGUCCCUCCGGGUUCACACGCAGUGACACUGAUCGCAUGCUGUGCAUCGCUUGCAAUGGUCUGUGCGACAAGUUCUGCAGGUCUCCUGUCAUUGAUUCUGUGGAUGCUGCUCAGUCCCUGAAGGAAUGCACCGUCAUCGAAGGCAAUCUGGUCAUCAACAUCCGCAGUGGAAUUAAUAUAGCCUCAGAGCUGGAGACGUUCAUGGGACUGAUCCAGACAGUAACGGGCUACGUGAAGAUUCGACACUCCCACUCUCUCAGCUCGCUGUCCUUCCUCAAAAGCCUCCGAUACAUCAACGGACAAGAGCUUAUCGAGAACAUGUAUUCAUUCUCCGCCGUCAACAACCAGAAUCUGCAGUCCUUGUGGAAUUGGACCCAGCACAACCUGACUAUUCAGGCAGGGCGUCUCUUCUUCCGUGGAAACCCGAAGCUCUGCAUGUCUGAGAUUCAUGCCAUGUGGGACAACACGGGCAUAACCGUGAGCCCAGAGGAGGGAGAUUUCCGUUACAACGGUGAAAGAGCAAGCUGUGAAAGUGACAUCUUGAAGUUUAAGUCAAACUUUACAACAAGCAACACGAUCACACUGACAUGGGAACGCUACCAAGUCCCUAACCGUGGAGACCUCCUAAGCUUCAUAGUCUACUACAAGGAGUCGCCUUUCCAAAACAUCACAGAGUUUGAUGGCCAGGAUGGCUGUGGCUCCAAUAGCUGGCACAUGGUGGAUGUAGACCUUCCUCAGAACAAAAACACUGAUCCCAUAUUUACUCUUCAAUAUCUCAAGCCCUGGACCCAGUAUGCUAUUUAUGUGAAGGCCACCACCCUGCAGGUGAAGGACGAACACAUUUCUGUGGCAAAGAGCGACAUCAUUUAUAUUCGCACCCGACCAUCAUUGCCGUCCGUGCCCAAAGAUGCCCGUGCAUUUGCUAACUCUUCAACCAAGUUGGUAGUGAAGUGGUCAUCUCCAGUGUUUCCAAACGGCAAUCAGAUUUACUACCUGGUGCGCUGGCAGCGGCAGCCUGAAGACAGGGAGCUCUACCAGUAUAACUACUGCUCGAAAGGGUUGAAAUUACCAAUCCGGAGCUCGUCAUUAUGUCCCACAGAGGAGAAGGAUAGCCCAAACCCACCCAAGAUUACCCAGCCUGGGGAAAAAAAGGGUCUGUGUUGUACUUGCCAGAAAACACCCGAAGAAAAGGACCGGGAGAAGCACGAUCGCCACUUCUUAAACGUUUUUGAGAACUUCCUCCAUAAUGCCAUCUUUCGUCCAAGACCCCCUGACCGUCGUCGCAGAGACCUUUUUGGUUUUGCUAACAACACUCAUGACAGCGGUCAGGGCAAUACCACCUUUAGCUCAAGGGAUAACAGCACAGACAGCAUCCCUCCUUUCAUCGAGUAUCCCUUCAAUCAUGAAAGAACCUCAGCAGAAUAUUUAGAAAUGCCUGACCUGUGGCCUUUCACCAUGUACCUUAUUGAAAUCCAUGCCUGCAACGAGGAGCUGGGCUACAACUGCAGCGUUGGAGCUUUCAUCUUCUCUAGGACUAAACCUGCUGCCAAAGCAGAUGACAUCCCUGGGAAGGUUGUGUAUGAAAUGUGUGACAAGACUGAGGGGUGUGUGGUGCUGCACUGGCCAAAGCCUGUCAUGCCUAACGGACUUAUACUGAUGUAUGAGAUCAAGUACCGUCUGGGGAAUGAGGCUGAGAAACACAACUGUGUGUCACGUCAGCAGUACCAUAAAUACAAAGGAGUUCGCCUGACCAUCCUGAGCUCAGGAAACUACUCUGCUCGCGUGAGAGCUACUUCUCUGGCAGGAAACGGCUCAUGGACGGAGAGCAUCUCCUUCUAUGUGCCACCGCCUAAACGAGAUGAUUUUGCGACGCUCUACUUGGCCAUUAUCCUUCCCAUCAUAGUGACACUUUUCAUUGCCAGCCUUACCACCAUUCUCAUCUUCAUCAACAAAAAGAGGAACAACAACAGACUUGGGAAUGGAGUUCUUUAUGCAUCUGUCAACCCAGAGUACAUCAGUGCGGCUGAAAUGUACACUCCGGAUGAGUGGGAGGUAGGCAGAGAAAAGAUCACAAUGCACAAGGAGCUGGGGCAGGGCUCCUUCGGGAUGGUGUACGAAGGCACGGCGAAAGGUGUCAUCAAGGAUGAACCCGAGACUCGGGUGGCGAUCAAAACGGUGAACGAGUCAGCAAGCAUGCGGGAGCGGAUAGAGUUUCUGAACGAGGCGUCCGUGAUGAAAGAGUUCAACUGUCAUCACGUGGUGCGGCUGCUGGGUGUGGUCUCUCAGGGACAGCCAACCUUGGUUAUCAUGGAGCUGAUGACCCGCGGAGAUCUCAAGAGCCACCUGCGCUCUCUGCGCAAUGAAAACACCACCUCUCAGGUCUUACCCCCUCUGAAAAAGAUGAUCCAGAUGACAGGGGAGAUUGCAGACGGCAUGGCUUACCUAAACGCCAACAAGUUUGUCCACAGGGACCUGGCUGCCAGAAACUGCAUGGUAGCAGAGGACUUCACUGUGAAGAUUGGAGAUUUUGGCAUGACCAGAGAUAUUUAUGAGACGGAUUACUAUCGAAAAGGAGGGAAGGGCCUGCUACCAGUUCGCUGGAUGUCUCCAGAGUCGCUGAAAGAUGGUGUCUUCACUAUAAUGUCUGAUGUCUGGUCAUUUGGUGUCGUGCUGUGGGAGAUCGCCACCUUAGCUGAACAGCCUUACCAGGGCUUGUCUAAUGAACAAGUGCUGCGCUUUGUCAUGGAAGGAGGACUCCUGGACAAACCUGACAACUGCCCAGACAUGCUGUUUGAGCUGAUGAGGAUGUGCUGGCAGUACAACCCCAAGAUGCGUCCGUCCUUCCUGGAGAUCAUCAGCAGCAUCAAAGAGGACCUGGAUCCCCACUUCCGGGAAGUGAGCUUCUUCUACAGUGAGGAGAACAAGCCGCCGGAUAUGGAGGAACUCGACAUGGAGGUGGAGAACAUGGAGAACAUUCCACUGGACCCUGUUUCUACAAGGCAGCCAUCAGCUGCUGGUGUUCCCCCGUCUGGGUGCACCGGAAGCACAUCGCCUCCUUCCGCGCAGCAGUUAUCCCCCUUGCAAGGCCCAAGUACUCCCUUACUAGGAUCUGUGUCCCAUUCGCCACCGGGCCCUCUAGCCUCAGCCAUGAUGUCUUUGGGACAGGGCUCGGACAAGCACUCAGGACACGCUUUGGCAAAUGGGCCUGUGGUGGCCCUUCGGCCCAACUUUGAUGAGUUGGAGGCGUACGCACACAUGAACGGAGGCAGAAAGAACGAGCGAGCGUUAUCGCUGCCCCAGUCAUCGGCCUGCUGAUAUCAGUCCAGCACCUCGUCUUCCGCUCACACAGGGUAACUAAAACCUCUCUCAGUCUCUUAAGGAGGGAUGGGUGAGGUAAGAACAUUACUUUGUUUCUACUGUGUGCCAGUAGAUGGGCUCUCCAUUCCAUGUAAGGCGUGGAAAGACCAGAGAAUACAAACUCUGAGAACUGUAAAACAGCACAGAAACCUGCUGAGGCAUGUGGAAUUUGGUGGCUCAGACAUACUUGGGGGCUCCUUCCUGCGCGGCCUACUUUGUUACAUACAAGCCCUUCAAGAAGGAAAACAACAAACAACAUAAGGAUGUAUAUGCACACAGACUUAUAUGUGAACUCUAAGAAAAAAAUCUUUUUAGCAUAUCUGCCAGCAAAACCAACAGAAGAGCACUUUUGUCCUGAGGAUUUCAGAGAGGAUGUGAUGGAUAUAUUGAGCGUCUAUUUAUAGAAUCCCAUCAUUCUCUCCAUAUUAUGGUAAAGCUCCUUCUUUUUGUGAGCUAGCCAGGUUCAUAUUGUGUGGCAACACCUCCUUUAAAAAAUAAGACUUUUUUAAAUAUUAUUAUUUCUAUGUGAUCCUGUCAGGUGUGGGUUAAAUUGGUAGGCCUGCUUUGUAUCUGCCAAACUUUUGCCAAAUCAAGCUUUUCCUCCAGUCUCCUAAAGGUGUCCUCUUUUUUUUGUUAAAAACUGUGAUUCAGAGUUAAUAAUAAAGCAAAUCCUUCUGUGCAAUAAAGCAAAAUUAGUUACUACGUAAUUUAGGGCGUUUUUGCAAAAUUUAAACGCGAGGUGUACCAGAUUAUGCUGGGCCAUCACUUUGUGUGGGGUGGAAUAAAUGUUUAAGGAAAAGAACACAUUUAUUUGUACAAAGAGAAGCAAGUAAAAUGCUCUAUUUAGAAGAAAUGACUGUUAAAUAAUAAGUAGGCAUUACAUUGUAAUUUGAGAUGGCCAAUGCGUGCUAUUUAUGGUGAUAAUAAUAAAUAAAUAAAUAAAGUUAAAAUAAAAAAAAUCCUUUUGGCUAUAAAUCUGUUACUGCCUACAGUCAAAUCCUCAAAAUUAUAAACAUUGUCCCAAAACUAAAAUGUAAUUAUCUGAAGGCCUUCUUUACUUUACCAGAUUAAGUAGUAACACUGAUGAACUGUGUACAAUUAUGAUUCUAAUCAAUCAUAUUUUUAAAGAUAAUGCCGAUAAUUCAUGCACUGGAAAAAUAGUUAAGAGAAAACAAAAUAAAAUUUAAAAAAAUGGAUUGAUCUUUAUUUUUAAACUGCUACAUGAAAAACAUGUACAGCAAAGUUUUAAAAAUCCAUAUUUGAGGAGUAAAACAUAAAUUGAUAGUCUAUACAGAGUGAUUCAUUCUUAAUCAUUUUAAUUAUGUUAAGCCUCAUACUUCAAUGGCAAACCAAACAGCCAAAACUGUCCUCCCAGAUAAUCCAUCAUUAGAAGUAACUUCUAACUUGUCCAGUUCCAAAAAUUCAGGUACAGUCUGGGUGCUCAUUUUGAAAAGAUUAUGAUAGACUGACAACCAUAUUUGCAAAAAAAAACAACUGAUAUUAUGGGGAAAAUACAAACAACUGUGACCAACAAUCAGAUCAGAACUGGAACUCAUUAUAUAAUCAAUAUGUAAGGCAACAUGAGAAAUAUAAGACUGUUCUAAAUUUAAGUCUGAUACAGUCUAAGACACAGCAGCACAAAAAUCAAAGAAAAGCUGUUUUUCAAAGUUGUGUAAGUGGGUCUUUGUGCUGCAGGCCUAAAUUUCUCUUUCUUUUUUUGUAAGAUCAUCAGCCAAAAUGUAGCUUUCACAAAACCUGAGCAAUUUCUGUGACGAUGAGCUGACAGCUCUCUUGUCCGGAAUGACGAGUGGCAAAAAGCCAUAGUUGUUUAAAGUUUCUUCCUUCUCCACAAGUCCUAGAGCUGUUUUCCUUUGUAAAUGAGUUUGUUUAUUAAUUUCACAUCUGCCAUUAAACAUUGUAAUUCUGGUUGGGCUGUUUUUUUCCCCCUCUGUCACAAUAUGUAAACAGUCUGAAUUAUAGGAGUUUUUCAGAUGGACGGGGGAGGAGUGAGUGAGGGAUUUCAUUAGGAGCAUUAAGGAAAAAAUAUAUUCUAUUUUUCCCCCAGCCCUAAAUCUAAUUAACUGACACCACUUAAACCUAAAACAAUCAGUUCAAAGAGAUGCCGAUCCCAGACAAGCCCCCAAAAAUACUAUGGCCAAAAUUCAGUGAUGAGACAGAAAUGCCAAGCUUGGUUGUUUUUAAAGAAUUUAUUGUAAAAAGAAGAGAAAAGGGCUCACACUGCUGUCCCAGUAGUAUGAUCAUGCCAGAUACUCGCAUAGUAAUGAGCAAGAGUUAUACAGCAUAGCUGGUGGUCCUCAACUAAGAGACAGCACAGGUGUCACAUUGCUUUGCUCAUCUAAUAAUUUGUUUUGUUUUUUUUGCAAAAUGAACCAGAAUAUAUAACAUAUCAACAUUAUACAGAUGCACUUAAAUCAUUUCAUAAAACGCAGCCCAAUUAAAUCCUAAUUUCUUCAUGACAUUGAACCACCAGUAGUACCUGCAUUUUAUAAAUCCAGAUCAAAUGUGAAGUCCCUGCAGUAAUUUUAAUAGGGUACAAUUUAAAAAAUGAAAUGUUGCAUCCUACACAAUUAACGAACAUUUAUUCCACCUCAUAAAAUCUGUUUUCCCCAUACAUCAUUUUGACCAACAACAACAAAAAGCAACAACUCUGAAUCACAGCCUAAGUCUGUUCUUUAGUUUAAAACAAGUCUCAUUGCAAAUCAUUGAUCUUCAGUAUUUGGCAAUACAACUCGUUAUUCUGCUUCAGAUCCAAUGGUAUCAAACACACCACAACAAAUUGGAAACAUCAAUCGAGAUCAGAUUUAGUAGCCUAGAGGCAAACUUUCAAGUCUAUAAAAAUGGUCAUUAUUGGUAUCUCUUGCAUUUCAAACACAAAGGAAAGGUCUUAAAGUUGCAUUUUAGACUGCAGGAUCAUUUUUAUACACAUCAUUGGUUUUUGUCACUUUAAAAAAAAAGAAAACUAAACUUUUGUAUACUUUUAAACAUGUUUGCCUCUAUGUCUGUACAGAACAAAGCUGCUAUUUUAUUCUUUUUCUCUUUUUGGAUGUUAUAUAUAAAUAUAUCUAUAUAUAAAGAAAUCCUUCAGGUUUGCUAUUUUAUGAUCUCUACAGCAGUCCCUUUUUAUAUCUUUAAGCUCUGUUUAAAAAAAUAAAAUAAAACAGAUCGUUACCCCUCAAGAUUUUGAGUAACAAAAAAUUUAAUUCAUUGCCUUUUAUUUUUAUAAAAUGAUUAUUUCUCUAUUUGUUUUGUCAACAUCUAUUAUUAUUAUUGUUUUAUUAUUAUUAUUAGAGAUGAGCAUCUUAGCUCGACGUGUGAGCUUGUACUUGUGCACCCUUCUAUUUUAUUGUUUAGCACUGUGCCUAGUGUUGUCCCCUAGGUGCGAUUUAAUCUCAGGUUAAAGUAAAGGCUUUGCUUUCCCCACACAUUCUCCAUUCCUUUACUUGCCUAAACUUUUGCCCCCUCCUUUACCGCCACUCUCAUGUUUUGUAAAGUGACCCCCCCAUGCCUCGGAUUAGCUCCGAUGUAAGAGACGACACUUCAGACUCAUCCAUCUCAUGCCUGUUCUCCAGUAAAUAGGGCUAACUGGGUUCUCUUGUUUGCCUUAAUUAUGCCAACCAUAUUCUAAGCAUUUAAAUUUCUCUAUUAUAAUUUUGUCCUCUCAAGCACAAAACGACACCACUUCUGCUAAAAUCAAAUUUUCAAGAUGAGAUUUCCAAAAUCUGAAAAGUCUGAAAGCCAAAUACAGGAUGGGUUAGACUCCAGGGAAGGGAACAAGUUUCAAUGUCACAAAUGAAACUAAAAGGUCUUAAAAUGGCUGAAUAGUGAAACGUGUUUUGAAGGAUUUCUAAUGUUGCCUGGUGAUUUUUUUUCUUAAACGUAUUUUCCUUGUAGGUGUGUUUAUUUAUUUAUUAUUGUAUUUUCCUUUUGAAUACCAGUAAAAAUCACUGUAAAAAUGCCCCAUUAAUAAGUACAAACUUGGUUUAUUAUUUUUAUUAUUUUAUGUAUGCAUUGUCCUUGGCGUAAUGACGAGGGCACUUAGUUUUUUUUGUUUCAGGCAUAUAUCUACCUCACUCUUUUUAAAUAUGUGUAUACGCAAAACAAAGACAUCUCACUUUUAAAUUUUAGUUGAAACCUCACCUAAUUAAAUAAAAAACACCCAUAGGAAUCUAGGUAAACUUCAUAUAAAGUGGACUAAGACAGAUGGUGGAAUAAGUUCGGCCCAUGAACACCCAAACAACUGGUUUUAUUAAAAAGUACGUUUCUGUUUCAGAUUUGGAACAAAUAAGAAAAAGAAAUGCAGCUUACACCACAGCUUGCUUUAGUUCAAUCAGUGUCAAAUGGUAUAAGAGCGGAUAAAGCGGCAGUUUUACAGCUGGAUCACAAACAACCAGCGUGGAUCAGCAUGUGAUGAAAUGGAGCCAAACAUUCCAUCUCCAUUGAGUCCCAACCUGUCGUCACAACCUUCAAAUCCUCAAAGCACAACCAUUACCUUCUCACCUAAAACGUAUUUAUAAAGAACUCUAAGAUAACAUGGGAAAUAUUAAAGAAAGGGAAAUGUAUUAUUUACCUCCAAGAACAAAAACAUCUCUAAAUAUAUAUGCGGUUUUACUUGCCAUUUUAAAAACUUUAUUUUAUUCCAAAACCGACAGCAAUUAGUUUUUGCAUGAAUUAUGGAUCAGUGUUGUGAAUGUAACAAGGACAAAUAUGUAGUUUUCACACAAAAAUGGAAAAACUCACCUCGAACAUCUUUCUACCUUCAGUUAGAAUAAAGAAACCCUUAAUCUUUUAAUUAAAUGUGGCCGAGAACUAAAAAGCCACUAGUUUUAUGAUUUGUGUAGACUCCAUGUGGUUCUCUGAUUGUCAUUUAUCGAUUAGAAAUAUUCUACUCACUUGUGUCCAUGUGAUUUUCUUGCUUACUAGUUUUGUUUAACUUUUUGACAUUACAGUGGAUAUAAAAAGUCUACACACCCUGGGUAAAAUGCCAAGUUUCUGUCAUGGUGAAGACUUAAACCAAGAAAAACUAUUUCAGAACUUUACCCCUCUUUAAUGUGACCUACAACUUGUACAACUAAAAAAAAAUGAAACGUAAAAACUAAAAUAGUGUCGUUGCAUACGUAUUCCCCCAUUAAACUAAUGCAAUGCUGAAGUGCCUUCUGAUAAUAUUACAGAACAUAGUCUUUUAGGCCAGCCCAUCAGUUUGCCCAUUUUGACUUGGUAGUAUUUUCCUAUUUUUCUUUGCAGAAACACGAGGUCAUCCUCUGUGCAAUGUUCUUCUCAGGUGACAUCACAGAUUUUUGGGCCUUUCCAAACCCUUCACCUUCUUUUGGUGAAGUCAUUCUUUUGUUGGUUUGGAUACACACUUUGGGUUGUUGUUGUGCUGAAACAUUAAGUACACUUUAGCCUUUGAUUCUUAGCAGAGGCCUGAACGUUUUGUGCCAGCAUUGAGUCUGUAUUUGACACUUUUCAUACGUAACUCCUUCAACCUAAAUUAAGGCCACAGUUCCAUCUGAAGAAAAUCAUCCCCAAAGCAUGAUGCUUCCACCACCUUGCUCCACUGUGUGUAUGAUGUCCUUUUACUGCUGUGGAAUGUUUUUUUAGGCCAAACACCUUUUGGAAACAUGGCCAACAAAUUCAUCCUAGGUUUUGGCGGACCAAAACACAGUUUCACACCAUGCUUCUGGGAAACUUCAAAUGUGUGUUUUUGUUUUUGCUCAAUUGGAUGCCUUUCUCCAUAAGAAAAGGCUUCCAGCUUACCACCAUACCCCUUAGCCCAGACAUAUAAAGAACAUGGGGCACAGCUAGAGCUUGCCAGACAUCCUGACCAGUUUUCCUCUCAUCUUUCCACCAUUUUCAACAGUUGUCCAGUUCUUGAUCUCAUUUUUGCGACCCAUUUUCUCGAUGAUGACUGUCUUAACUGUGUUCCAUGGAAUAUCUAAUGCCUUGGAAAUGCUUUGGUACACUUCUCCUUACUAAUACUUUUUUUAACAGUGAGAUCCCUCUGAUGGCUUUUGCUGCCAGAUGCAACUGAGAAAAUGUCAGAACAAACAUACUAGGACUGCUGAAAUUUAUUUUGGGUUCGUCAGAGGCACUUUAAAUAAUGGCAGUGGUUCAUUCUCAACACACCUGCAUCCCCAGUAUUGCAAAAGUAAGCAGACUAAUGCAACCACAUAAUUUUCGCGUGAGUUGUACAUGUAAUAGUUCACAUUAAAGGUGGAACGACUUCUGAAAUGGUUUAUAAUAGUUUAACUUUUUACAUAAAAAACAUUAUAUCAUGGUGGUGUAUUUCCACUGUAUCUAUACACACCACUUUUACUGCUGCCAGUUCAGUCACCACAGUGGAUCUUACAGCAUCACCAAAAAUAUUCUCUGUACAAGGAAGCAAAGCAGCUCCUACACCUCAUAAACCUCUUUCAAAGCCUCAGCUGUACUUUUUACUCAUGGCCAUUGACGUGCUGAUGGACUUGAAGGAAAGUAAUAAAACAUUUUCAAAAACAGUUAAUUAGAAAUUAGCCACAAUGUUACCUUUAAUAUGAAAGUUUGGUGCUCAGUCCUCUUUAAUCAUGCAACUGAACAAUCUUUUUUUUUUAAAGAGCCAGGCUGCUGCUGAAUUUCUUUACAGAAACCACCACCGACAAGCAAAAAAGUUCAAGAAGUUAACAUAUCUGUGUGUUUGUUUGUCCAGAAUCGUCAAAUAUUUUCGUUUUUCAGUUCUUAGCUGUCACUGAUCUGCCAAGGGAUGAGCUAUCAGUUACCAUUAGAUCCUAAACCUGUCAAACGUGCAACAUUUCCAACAUGGACACACCUAUGACAGGGAUGUUGCACAGAUUAUGGGUAAGUCAGGUAACAAAUGAGCAGCGUAGUUAGAAAAAGAUAAAGUUUUAAUUUACUGUAGACAUUAAGCAUAAUCAUACUCACAUUCUUUCAAUUCUUCAUAAAACCGUCAGGUUUAUGGGGAGUGCAUCGCAGCAUUCUCCUGCAAUAAUUAGGAUUGAGGUGUAUUGAUUCACUCAUGUCUCCUUUUAUUUUUAAACAUCUACAUCAGCUUCAGAGGGGCCUUGGUCUUCUACUGCUACUACUCUUGUUAUAAUGCUUUUGCAAAAUCUGUGUGUUCAUAACUUGAUUGGGGGAAGAAUAAUCAAACAGUUUUCUCUAGUCUCUGUCUUUUCAAGUUCUGCAUCUGAGGCCUCAAAGUUGUUUUUUCACACGUAUAGCUGAGAUUGUGUAUUUUUGACAAGCCGUCUCAAAAAUGUGUAUCAGAGAAUUUCUUGUAUUUUACUUUUUUCUGAAAUUUUGAAUAAAUAAGUACAUGAGAACUAUA